AUGCCUUCUUCGCCUGGCGAUUCCCGAUCGCCAUCUUAUCACCAAGGUAACGAUCAGCAACCACUGGACGGCCCACGCUUACAUGUUUACCACGUCCUCAAAAGCAUCGGCUUGGUCACAGCCUACAACUCCUCCAUCGAUGUCAAACUCAUCCUCGCUCAACGACUCGUCCGUGUCUUCGCUUAUGGACUGGUCACCCUCAUCCUCGCAGCAUAUCUAGCAGCACUCAAAAUUUCCGAGACUCAAAUCGGAAUCUUCUUCGGCUUGACACUCGUCGGCGAUCUCGUGAUGGUCAUGGCCUUGACACAGAUCGCCGAUGCUAUCGGCCGCAAAGCCAUACUUAUACUUGGGGCAGUCCUGAUGACGAUGAGUGGCGUGGUCUUCGCUACAUCAGGUAACUACUGGGUGCUCCUAGUAGCAGCAGUCUUCGGGGUUAUUAGCCCGAGCGCCACUGAAGUUGGGCUGUUCAAGAGCAUCGAGGAGUCGGCACUUUUCACCAUUGUAACACAUGACCUGGUCGACAUUCUAUCAUGGUACAGCACUGCGGAGUUCGCAUCCGUUACGGUCGGAUUGAUCAUCAGUGGUGGAAUCAUGGACGAUCUUCAACAGACCCUGGCCUGGGACUUCGUGCCGGCUUGUCGCGCUGUAUUCCUUGUGUAUGCUGGCGUUGGCGUGGUCAAAAUUGUCCUGUCAUCGUGUAUGAGCUGGAAGAUCGAAGCAUGGCAUGACACCAAGCACCAAGAUGGCACUCAUCGGGACUCUGAGCAGGAGGAAGUCUACGAGACUGCUGCUACCAUUCCAGAGCAAGCACCACUUCUACCAUCAGAGCCAAUACCGGUGACGCCCAAGACAUCCGUUCCAGCAAUGAGAGCAGGGACAUCAGUGUUCAGCCUGGACCAAGAAGAAAGACUUGUGCUUCUGAAACUCUGUGCUUUGCUCGCCGUAGACUCAUGCGCUGUCGGACUAUCAUCUGUCCCAUGGCAAACAUAUAUGGUGCGUACACGAUUCGACGUCCCCGACGCCAAGCUCGGUGCCAUCUUCAUGCUGGGCAACGGGUUAGGAGCUGUCGGAACACUCUUCUCGAGCUCACCCGCUCGAAGGCUAGGCAAUCUCAUUACAUUAGCAGUAACAUUGCUGCCAUCAGCAAUCAUCCUCCUCUUCUUCGGUCUCGCAUUCAACCUGCCACUAAUGCUACUACUGAUAGCAAGCGAGUCAUUCCUCUCCCCAAUCUACCUAGCACCACGCAACACUUUCAUAAGCCGCAUACUCACCAGGAGCAAGCGCACAGCGUCAUUAGGCAUCAUUACCAUGGUCAAGCUCUUGACCAAUGCCACCGGCUCGUUCUUCACGGGCUUCUGGGCCGACAGAGAUAUGUUCUGGCUUGCUUUCGUUGUCGCGGGCUCGUUGAAGAUCUUGUAUGUGUUUGGGAUCUUGUAUGCUUUCUUGGCUGUUGAUCGUCGUCUUGCGCACGAGCAGGAGGAGAGGGAGGAUACUGGCAGUGACUGA